GCCACAUAUAUAUCAGCAGGGCUUAUUUGCCAGCGUUGAACGAAGUCAACACUCAGUACUCAAUAUUUCAACUUCGAGCGAGUUGCUUUACCGAAACUCGACUCAUCUCCGUCAAAUCUGUUUAUAACGUUCAACCCUCUAUCUUGAAUUAUUUGUUGCUUAUUACCCAUGUCUACGGAACCUAUAGUAACAGCCUCUGCUGAGGAAAAACGGCCUGCUGAAGAGGCUGUGGCGAUACACGAAGGAGAUGAAGAUGAGAAGCUGCAGGAUGCUCGCAAGCAGAUCGAGUUCUACUUUGCAGACUCGAACCUGCCAUUCGAUAAGUUCAUGUGGAGUCUCCACACCGCAAAUGCCGAACACUGGGUACCCAUCAAAACCGUCUCUUCGUUCAAGCGCAUGCGAGAGUAUGCGUCGAAGGGCCAUGACUGGAUAGUGAAGGCCUUACGGACAAGCGAGGAACUGGAAGUGGAUGAAGCUGGGGAAAAUGCGAGGCGUCGCACUGAGGUGCAACCACCAAAGGGUCAGUUUGAGAGAAGUGUCUACGCGAAAGGGUUUGGAGAUGAGACUUCCGAUCUCCAAAAGAAGCUGGAAAAGUUUUUCGACCAGUAUGGAGGAACGAAUGCUGUCAGGAUGCGUCGUAUAGACGGGAACAAGCAGUUCAAGGGAUCCGUCUUCGUCGAAUUUGCAGAAAUGAAAUCCGCGGAAGCAUUCCUAAAUGCUGAUCCUAAACCAUCUUGGGACGGCAAGGAGCUGCUGAUUAUGUCCAAGGAGGCCUACUGCGAUAUGAAAAUCAAAGAAAAGGGUCUUACUGGCAAGACCGCCGAGAUGCGCAAGGACAACAUCGCAAGCCGGAAGGGGUUCAAUGCGUUCCAGGAGAUGCAGAACGAGAAGAAGGGGAAGGGUCAAAAGGGCAAAGACAAGCCCAACCCCGAAGUCUGGCUCGAGUUCAUGGGGUCUAAAAUUCGCGUGCAGGAGGAAGAUGGAGGCAGCGUGAAGAGUGAAGAUGUGCCAUAUAUCAAGGGCGCAACAAUGAAGUUCACGGGCUGUGGUGGUGAUGCUAACUUUACGGAGAUGAAGACUCCUUUGAGAGAGCGCUUCGCUCGGGUACCAUACAUCCAAUUCUCAAAGGGAGAUGACUUUGGUCUCGUCGGAUUCGACAAAGUCUUGACGGAAGAUGAGAUCGACUUCGUGAAGACCAACCUGAAGACAGUGAACUCUAAUGAAGUCCAAUGGUCUAUACCAGAAGGGGAAGAAGAGAAACAAUUCCAAAUCGAUCGUGCUAACUUUGCUGCGCGGUCAAUUCUCUCGCGUUCUCAGGAAAAAGGCGGUUCGUCACGAGGCGGACGUGGAGGCGGACGCGGGGGUCGGGGUAGAGGAGGUCGUGGUGGUAGGGGCGGUGGUCGUGGUGGAGGUCGUGGCGGAGGUCGCAGUGGCGAGAAAAGCCAGCCCGCUGCAGUGUCUGAGGAACAAAGCGGAGAAAAGCGCAAACGGGCUAUUGAGCCUGACGGCGGCCCUGACACUGGUAUUCGUGGUCAGGCUAUCCCCGCUAUUGCGCCAUCAAAAAAAGCAAAAACGGAUGCUGCAUAAUAUCUGUACCGAUAAGCUAUGUGCACAAUUUGUACCUUGGGGCAUUGCAUUUCGUCUUGAAAGACAACUUCUGUUAUAACUUUCAUGUAUACUCAUAUUCAGUAUUCUAUUACAUGCACAAUGCUACAGGAAAGAUAACGAUACGGAC